UUGGUUGUUGAAAAGGAUAUUGGAACAGUUGGAAUAAGUAAUUAUGCACAAGAAUCACUUGGAGAUAUUGUCUUUGCACAACUUCCGGACUGUGGAACUGAAAUAAUAGCUGGGGAUGAAUGUGGUGCUCUUGAGAGUGUCAAGGCAGCCAGUGAGAUAUACUCUCCAGUCAGUGGUACAGUUACUGAAAAGAACAGUGAUGUUGAAAAUAAACCUAGUCUGAUUAAUACAUCUUGUUUUGACAAAGGAUGGCUGUUUAAAAUAAAGUUAUCAAAACCACAAGAAUUAGAUGAGUUGAUGAAUGGAGAUGAAUAUGAAAAGUUCCUUAAAACAGAUGUUGAGAAGGAUCACAAAUAA